AUGGAAUUUGACCAAACCAAUCAAAAUAUCCAAGAGGCUGGGCAGCCAUACGCUGGUUAUGUGCCGCCUCCCCGACGGGGUCGGCCUCGAUUGGCUCUGUCUACGCCUGUUCCUGCUGAUGACGCUUCCAAGCGCCGUAAGAUGCGCAUGCGCUUGGCACAGAGAGCAUAUCGUUCGCGGAGAGAAUCGACGCUGAAUUCCGCAAAAGAGCGCUCCGCGUUGCUCGAGUCCGCACUCAGCAGUGCCGUCGACCAAUUCGUAGCUUUUCACAAAUAUGUUGCGGAAAACUCUCCACAGGGUGUCUCCUCGGGCAUCAUAAUCAAGCUCAGCAAAGCAGCAAUGGACAUUGCAUCAAUAACCAAGGAUGUUCAGGCCGACGAGAUGAACAGGACUAGCAACUGCUGUCAGCCCAGUGUCGAGCUCCCAUCCCGAGACAAAAGCCCUCGUUUCCAGGAGAUGCUAUCGGUUGAUCCGUGGAACGUCAACAGGACCGCAGCCACCGAAACUGCCGUCUCAUCACGCCUGGUAUGGGACGAGUCCUUAGAGGCUUUGCGACGGGAGAAGCAGCAGAUUGCGGCAGAGCGCUUUCGAAAGACGUGCAUGGAGCGUGCAGCUGCCACACUGGCACAAGAGAUACCCGGUUCUAGCUGUCUCGUUUCGGAAUUGAUGACGCUCACCAAGGUUCUGCCAUUCGACACCUUGAUGGCUCUUACCAUGAACCCUUUUGCUGGCCGCCGUAUAUCAUUUCUACGAGAUAUAAGAUUCCCGGACCCCGUCGCAGAAGCUUUGCCCAAGAUGUUCCGUGUGGUCGAGGGACAAACUACGAACCCCGUUCCGCGUAUGCCACCGCCGUAUCUGCAACAACUGCGCUCGGGCGCAACAAGAACCAUUUUAGAUACAACAAUUCCACAGCUUAUGGGAGAAUGGCUGGAAGCUGCUGAUGUACAGGAAUAUCUGGAGGAACGAGGCAUCGUCAUCGGCAGCGAUAAAUCAGUGAAAGUGAUUCAACUAAUCGCAUCCGCUCAUCCCGUUGGCAUAUCUGCACCGAUCAUUCCAGUAAAUAUACACGAUGGCGCAAAUCGAGCAAUAUAUACGAAUAGCGCCGUGGAUACCUUCCAAGGCGCCAUGCGUGGCCAAACUUACGUAUCCAAAGACCAAGGGAGAAGUCCAAAUUUCUCUACAGGAGGCAGGGUCUUCAGACAGGCUUGGGACGAUGUUCAACGAAUGCCCUCCGUAGUACGAGAACCUUUUGUACAGCACUACCGUUCUAGCUGUAUGCCGUCAAGAAAAGAUCAAUCAUUACCUUUGGAACCUACGGGCCCCAGGAUUGAGAUCAGUAUCGACAAAUUGAUGAACGAAUUGGCUUCGCGAGCGUUGGCAAAGUUCCCAUCACCAAGCUCUUCCACAUUUAGACUCUGGUCACCUUUGCCCAAGGCUGGUGAGUUCUGUUAA